CAAUAUCGAAUAUUAAAUUCAACGACUGGGACCAAAUUGAAAAGGCUACUGGUCUCAAACUUGAAGCCAUUAAAGUUACCCUUAGACAUGAGGCUAAAUAUAAUAUGUUUCAAUGGGAUGAUAAGACAAAACAGGAGCAAAAGAAUAAAUUGGAGAAGGAUGAAUUGGAGAAGGAUAAAUUAGAGGAGGAUGAAUUGGAGGAGAAUGAAUCAGAAAGUAGUGAAAAAAUAAAUUUUGAAUCAGAAGAUAAUUUUGAUAU